GCUUGUCCUCGUAGAUGUCAUUGUUGUGAGAGGGACCGUUGCUGUUAUUUCUUUAGGACAUAGAAUAUUAUCACCAUGACUGGCUACACUGCGGACGAAAAACUCCGCGUAGAGCAGUUAACCAAGCUCAGGAGACAGUGGUUGAAGGAUCAGGAACUUAGUCCUCGAGAACCUGUCGUUGAACAUAAACCACAAGGCCGCAUCGCGAAGUUCUGGACUGGCUUUCUGGAACCCAAAAGUCUUUGGAGAUUAUAUACGUUCAAGGCUUACAAUGCUGGUGUCUUCGCUGUCACGCGUGUGCUCAUCCCUGCUUGGAUAGUUCAUUACUACAUGAAGUAUCACGUUGCAAAAAUGCCAUUUGGCAUUGUGGAGUUGAAACCCCGACUGUUCCCUGGGGACACCGUACUUGAAACGGGAGAAGUUGUCCCUGACUUUCCUGAAACAGAGGGACACAGCCACCACUGAAAACAUAAACGAACCAAUUAAUUUGCCUACGUUAAUUGUUUAUAAAUAAGAUGUGUAUAUAUGCAUAUGUCUGUGGAAUGUCAGUAAACAUAUUUACCAAGACAUUUA